AUGUCCACUCCCGCAGCCAAACGCCGCAGAAUCGAAACCGCGUCUCAAACCCUGUCAAAACCAUUCCGCUCUCCCUUCAAAACGCCCUUGAAGUCAGCUUCCCCAUCUACCUCCUCCGUCCCUCUCACGUCCAAAACAACGAAUUCUCUACUCUCCCAUCCUCCCAAGACUUCAAGCCUGCCAGCACCGCGAGCAAAGAAAACCUAUACCUCUCCCGUGGCAGCAGCAGCGCUGAACGCAGACCCCGAUAUCGCGCCCCUGCUCCGCGCGCAGAGAGAACUGGAGAGGGAAUUGCGAGAGUUGAAGGAGGAGGUUGAUACUGCGGAGCAAGCACGGAAGAUUGAGGCUGAGAGCAAAGAGGGAGAGGUGGAUGGGGAGUUGGUGGUGUUGAUUGGGAAGUGGAGGGGGGCUAGUCGGUUGGCGGCUGAGGAGCUGUUUGGGAAGGUUAGUGAGAGGGUUAAUAGGAUGGGUGGACCGAGAGCUUGGAAAGAGAUGCAGAAGAGGCAGCACGAGUUCCAGAAUAAUUGGGAUCAGGAAGAGGAGAAUAAUAACGAUGAUGAUGACGAUGACGAUCAUGAGGAUGAGGAUGGUGAAAGGAAAGAUGUUGAGAAGAGGGAUAUUUAUGCGGAGUAUGGUAUCGAUCCCGAGACGGAGAAUGAGAAGUCACAACGUCCAAAUGGCCUAGGGGAUACGGGAGAGCUUCCUGGACAAGAAGAUGAAUUCACGAUGGGGAUGAUGCUCAGAACUUUGAAUGUUGACCUCGAUGUUAUUGGCUACGACAAGCAACAGCAGAGAUGGGUGGACUAG